AUGUUCAUAGUUAAAUAAACCCAUGUUGGAGCAGCCCUGGGUGUGUCUGCCCAGCACAGGUAGGGGGGGGCUGCUGGGAAGUGGUGUCGCAAUGGGUGAUAAUAGGUCAGUGCUCCCCCCCACCCCCUGUAUAACCAGGGCUGCCAGGGAACGAGCCACAGGGCCCAGCUCCGAGCACCAACCCCAGCGCACGACAGCUGAGAGGGUGCAAGAGCUGCCCAGGGACCCCUCUGCCAUGUUGCAGUCUCUUCUGCGCCCCCUCCUGCUGCUGCUGCUAUGCCACUGCCUCCAGGGCCGUGUGCUGCCCGAGUCUGCCCCAGCACAGAGUACCGCUGAGCCCCGGGACCUGGCCAGCACCCCUGUGCCAGCUCCCCCCGGAUCCCCCCAGGCCACGGCCCGGUUGCUCCUCGCCUCCCUCUCGCAGCGGCUGCCCUCACGGGGAGGGCUUCCAGCCAUGGGAGUUUCCUGCAGUGACCUGCUGCCCCAGGCCCUGCAGGGCUUCACAGUGAUGCCCCCGCUGCCCCGGGCCCUGGCUAGCGCCGCCCUGGCUCUGGCCCUGCAUGGCGCCGGCUGUGCCCCUGAAGCCGAGGCCUUGGUGCUGGAGCUGUAUGCAAUGCUGGAGGUGCCCGAUGCCGAUGCCCUCCUGCUGAGCAUGUCCAGGCUGCCCCACGUGGGCUGGACGCCCCUGCUCUCGCCACUGGGGCAGCUGUGGGGCACGGCGCCUGGGCGCUGCUCUGGGCUAGUGCCUCUGGCUGACGUCCAGCUCCAGGGCCCUGCGGCCCGUGUCCACCUCACCUUCCCAGGUGCUGCCGCCGCCUGCAGCCGCCUGGGCCCCGCAUGCGCUGGCGUGGCACCCCACGGCACCACUGCCUAUCGUGUCGUGGGGCCGCAAGGUGCCUCUUUCGUGGCCACCCCUGGGGCCCGGGCCUGGCUGCAUCAGUGCCAGCGGACAGGCAGGCACCGGGUGCGGCGCGAGGUCUGCGACGGGGAAACAGAGCCGCGCGUGCAUGCUGUGGUGUCGUGGCUGCCCGGGGUCAGCACCUUCUACAACAUGGGCACGGGGCUGUACUACGCCUACAACAGCUGCAUGCUGCGGGCCGAGGAGCGCGCCGUGGACCUGGCUUGGGACCUGGGCUUCGACACCGUCGCGCUGCUCACGGGCAACGCCAGCGGCUUCGUGGCCAGUGCGGUGCUCCACUCGGGGCUCAAGGCCGGCGUCCGCGCCCUGGUCAGCCACUUCACCCAGGAUGUGGCGCUGAUCCCGACCUCGACCCUGACCCCCAGCCCCAGCCUGAGCCCCGUGACCGAUUUCUACUACGAUGCCUUCUACUCCAGCAAAUAAACGUGGCCU